GGGUCCCACAAGUUACUAGAAGCUCUUUUUUUUCUCUUCUAAUUGACAGCUUCACAUAUCUGUCUCUAAACCUUGAGGUGUUUUUUUUUCCCUCUCUCUUUGCAUUAUGAUACCUAUUUCCUUUCUCAACCGAAGCUGAGCUAACUACCUAAUUUAAUUGCAACUUCCUUCUCACUUUCCUUUUAUUUAUCCUUUUACCAUACAUGUUUUUUACAUGAAAACCAAUGGCAGCGGCUGAUCCUUACACGACGCGUUAAUUAAUUAAUCUAAUCUCUCUCUCCCCCUCCCCGAAGACCCACGAUGCCCUCCCGCAAUGCCCGGCCAAAACCUCCCCCGACCGAAUUUAAGGCCAUUGCGGCGGAAUGGGCCCGCGCAAAGCAAUUAAAAGAGCUCGAGGACGCCGCACAGAAGAAGCCGGAAUCGUCCAAGUUCGACGACGCGCGCCGUAAAGCUGUUGAAGCUCAUCGAAAGAAGGCUUUCGAGAGUCGCUGUUUCUGGACAAUAGGCUUUUGGGGCUGGCUGUUGUGUAUUCACGUCAUUGGCAUAUUACUCUUUACUAGCGGUUUCCUUCUGACUAGAUUGGUCUUGGACGAACAGUCGAAAUGCGACAACCCACCUAUAGAGCCCUUACUAGAAUGGAAGGGGAAGGGUACAGUAGAUGGUGGCUGUUGGCAUCCUAAGACCUUUGAUAAAGCUGUUAUUGUCCUGGUAGACGCUUUACGAUACGAUUUUACAGUCCCCGUUGAGGAUGGCCAUCGUGUGGAGGUUUACCAUAAUGCACUUCCUUUCCUCUACGAAACUUCGGUUCAAUCACCGAGAAACGCUUUCCUACGGCCAUUUAUUGCGGAUCCCCCGACUUCUACUCUUCAGAGACUGAAAGGUCUAACCACGGGCACUUUGCCCACCUUCAUUGAUAUAGGUUCUAGUUUUGCCGGGACGGCCAUAGAGGAGGAUAACUUAUUAAUACAAUGGAGAGCGCAAGGAAAGCGGAUAGUACAUUUGGGAGACGACACUUGGACUUCGCUUUUCCCCGAUUAUUUUCAACCUAAUAUCAGCAGAGCCUACGACAGUUUUAACGUUUGGGAUUUACAUACUGUCGAUAACGGAGUUUUGGAUCACAUAUUCCCAUUGCUAAAGCCUGACCAAGCACGACAAUGGGACGUUCUCAUAGGGCAUCUUCUUGGCGUGGACCAUGCUGGCCAUCGGUACGGACCCAACCAUGCCGCUAUGACUGCCAAGCUCCAGCAGAUGAAUGGCUUCAUUCAGAACCUUACGAAGGAGAUAGACGAAAAUACGCUGUUAGUUGUUAUGGGCGAUCAUGGAAUGGAUAGCAAGGGCGACCACGGUGGUGAAAGCGAUGACGAAGUUGAGGCUGCCCUAUGGAUGUACUCGAAAAAGCCUGUCUUUGGCCGCACGCAACCUGAAUUUAAAACCCCACCGGCAACCGCCAAGAUUCGGCCGGUAAACCAGAUUGAUCUGGUCCCGACUCUGGCCCUUCUGUUGGGUAUUCCUAUACCGUUCAAUAAUCUUGGUCGACCGAUCGAAGAAGCGUUCAUUGGCAUUAAAGGAAGCGCUUGGGAUGUCCUUGCUGCUGCCUCCAGUAUAACUUCCGCUGGAAUUAGGAGGUAUCAAGCAUCAUACUUCAAAGCUAGAGGCAUCGAGCAGAGUACGAAGCCUGGGUCUCCCGCUACACUCUGGAAGGAUGCCGAGGCCCUUGUCCAAGCAGGCGUUAAAUCUAGAUCGUGGAAAGCUUUGUACGACGCUUAUACUACGUAUCAAGAAGAGACACUGAGAAUCUGCAAAGAUCUAUGGGCUAGCUUCGAUGUCCCGAAGAUGAUACUAGGCGUCGUAGCCAUGGCAUUUGGAGUAAUUGUAUUGCUACUCUAUGUCUCAAGGGAUGAGGAUGAAGAUUUUGCUGUUCUGGAUAAUGCCGAGUUGGACUUUGCCGAGAGGAGUUUGGAAUUACAACAAGGCUCAGUAGCUGAACCAGAAGUUGCGUCUUAUAAAAGCUUCAGCAGAUCGCUUGCCACGACCGGACUUCUGAGCGGCGGAAUAAUAGGGGCUCUAAGUCUAGGAUUGGUUCAGAUCACCGGAUCGGGUGAGUGGUUAUUAGCCGCAGCCGCAACAGCUAUUGGGAGCAUGCUUGCUGUUAUCGGUGUUCUACUACGGAUCCGUGGGAUACGUAUGCUCAACCUUCUGCCAAACACCCCUUGGGGAUGGUUAUCCGUCGUUUUUACCCUGAGCCAAUCUAUUGGUUUUGCAUCAAACUCGUAUACUAUUUGGGAAGAUUUGAUUUCCCUGUUCUUCCUCUCGACAUUCGGUUUUGUAAGCGCAAUCGCCUCGCUGCAACUACUAUCAGUACGCGACCGGGCUCUGGGUGUUUACCACUCCAUCCUGUUCGUUGUCCUCGCACGGGUAGCUUCUUUCUCGAAAUUAUGCAGAGAUGAGCAGAUGCCCUACUGCACGUCGACAUACUAUGCAUCUGCCAACUCAUCGAUCUCAGCCCCUUGGCAAUUGGUCAUCCCGUUCAUCGUAUUCCUCAUCCUCCCGUCUAUCAUUAAAUCAUACAUGCAAACCUCGCGGUCAUACGAAGGUCUUGCACCAAUGUGGGUCGGCUACGUCUUUCGAACCGGUCUUUUCCUCGCCGCCGUAUACUGGACCCUGGAUGCGGCGGAUAACGUAGACUGGUUUACCUCGAUUCCAGAGGCACUGCUAAAAACCAUCCACGUCUCUAUCGCGCAACUAGUUUUGGCUGUGACUCUCGUAGCCGGCACAACAGCUUUCAUCUGGGCACCUCCCUGUGUUAAUAUCUUAACAACUGCAGCCAAUAGUAGCAGAGCACAAAUUACCGUCCUUGGCUUCGGCAACGUCCACGGCGCAAGAUACCUCUUUCUACCUAUCAACAUCGCAGCCGCGUGUAUCCUCCUCUCGAAGCCCAUGGGCGGUGGCGCCCUCGCCAUCAUGCUCUGGCAAAUCCUCUCCCUAGCGGAGAUCAUCGACCUCAACGACCUCUCCGCCGAGACCAUCGGCCCCGUAACCCUCGCCCUCCUAGGCAACUUCCACUUCUUCAAGACGGGCCACCAGGCCGUCCUAGCGUCCAUCCAGUGGGACAGCGCGUUCAUCCCGCUCCUCACCCUGCGCUACCCCUGGAGCCCGCUCGCGGUCGCCCUCAACACCUUUGCCGGGCAGAUCCUGGCCGCGACAUCGGCGCCCCUGCUGGUCCUGUGGAAGACGUCGCCCAAGCGCCGCGGUGUCCUCGAGACCACCAGCCGCGCCCUCGCCGCGCUCGUCGCGUACUACACCGCGCAGAGCCUCGCCACCAUGGCCUGGGCUGGCCACCUCCGCAGGCACCUCAUGCUCUACCGCGUGUUCAACCCGCGCUUCAUGAUGGCCGCCGCCGUCCUCCUGGUCGUCGACCUCGUGGCCGUCGGCGUCGCGCUGCUGGGCGUUAGGACCAAUGUCCUCGCUAUCAGCGAGGUGUUCGGGUUCGCGGACUAGGUUCCUGGGAGUCGUGUUGUGUAUCGGGCCCGAGACGGCAUGGCGUGCAUGCCGAGCGAGGGAGCGUCUGUAUUAUGCGCGGUGGUGUGAGGAUGGGAUGGAGGGAGGAGGGGAGAUGGAGAUAUAUAAGAUAUGUACCUAGGUACCUAACCUAAGGGUAGAUACCUAAAGUUAGGAGAGAUAUAGGCAGGUAUGUCACCUGGAUAGAUACCUACCUGGUAUGAAAAGAAAAGAAGGGGAAGAAGAGAAAAGUACCUUAGGAGGUACCUAGUCUUACCGAGUCAAAGCACGUGCAUAUAUCUGAGGUAGGGACCUAUUGUACAUGUGCGUAAGUGAGGUAAGUAUUGCUAUCUCAUUCGCGUAUUAGGUAUAUUCGAAUAUAUACGCGUACCCUCAACUCAAAACCAUCCGCUUCGUGUUGUAUGUAUAAAGGAUUAUGCGGCG